AUGAGUGGUAUUUCCAACAAAGCCUCCAAAGAGGGUGAUGAUAUCAUUUACAAUUCUGAGGUAGAAGAAGAAAGGCUGCAUGAGCUCAACGCCGACGCCAGGAGCGAGGUCAAACAAAAAGACAUCCCGGAGACCCCUCCAACCGAAAGUACAGAGGUUGGCCACAAAAAGUCAGCGUUGGACAAAACGAAGGACGUAUUCCACAGACAAGCACGGCGUGCCGAACGUGGCCCUUAG